UCAAAGAAAAAAAUCGUGCAGUAUUUUCAUGUUAACAGUGCCCAUUUUAUGUUUUACAUCUUUAUUACAAGUCGUUUUAACUUAAACUCACCGUAUUUAACUCAUUCGAUCACUAAUAAAGAUUACACUUUCGACUAUGUCAGUCAUUUCGUGUAGAGGUUUUGUUUAUGCUAGUAAAAUUAGCAAAGUACCAUAUUUUUGGUGUGUUAAUACACGUUCUGUAUCUUCAAAGAAUGAAGUUCAAGAGAUUGAAACUGUUACAACUACUGCGGAUAAAGUAAUGUCUGAAAAUGAAAUUAAAGAAAUCUGUAAUAAGUCUCGCUUGAAUGAUGGUCAUCGUAAUUUAGUGAAUGAUCAACUGCCAUAUAAUAAACCUGUGCAUAGAUACCACCAUACAGUGAAAUAUAAGAGAAGAAUGUAUGGCAGGUAUGGAGAUUCUAGUAAUGUCAAUCCAGGUUUGGCAUGGCCAACGGCCAGUGAUUUAGAGGAUAUACGAGAAUACGAAAAAGUAGCUUAUCCAUUAACUAUCCAAGAAAUGCAGCAAAAUGCAUGGAACCGCCUUGAAUGUGAAAACCAAGAGAUUAAAAUGCGCCAAAAAAAAAUUGAUGAUAAUAUGAAGAAAUUAAAUGGAUGGUUAAAAGAGGUUAAAGAGAAAGCAGCAAGAAAAAUACACGAUGCACAACAAGCCAAAGAGAAGAAAGAAAGACUCAUUGAAGAAGUGAAAAAACAUUUUGGAUAUAAGAUAGAUCCUAAAGAUGAUCGGUUUAAAGAAAUGUUGGUAAAGAGAGAAAAAGAAGAGAAGAAAAAAAUCAGAGAAGAAAAGAAGAAAAUCCGUGAAGAUAAACUUCUUCAACAAUUGCAAAAUAAAGAUUGAAAUAGUAGUAAAAAAAAAUGUUACGCCUAUGAAUAUUAUAAACAUGUAAUAAAUUAAAAAUAAUUUAUUUUUGA